AUGGCUCUCCCGAUCACCAUCCCCGCCUCCCCUGCUGCUGGCUCUCCCGCCUCCACUGACGGCACCAACGGGCCCCAGACCCCUUCCUCUCCUUCCAACCCCCCGACACUCGCUCUUCCCCCUGCGGAUGCUGCGGCCCCUGCGGCUGCUCCCGCAACUAAUAACGGCGCCGCCAACAACAACGCCACGGCCAACGCCAACAAGCGCAAGCCUAGCCGCCGUGCCAACACGGCCGAGCGCAGGGCUACUCACAACGCUGUCGAGAGGGCCCGCCGAGAGACUCUGAACAGUCGCUUCCUCGACCUUGCGGCGCUGCUGCCCAACCUCUCCCAGAUCCGCCGCCCCUCCAAGUCCUCUAUCGUCAACUCGUCGAUCGCUCACCUUCGCCUCAUUAAGCUGGAGGCCGACGCGCUCCGCCGCGAGUUGAACGAGUGGCGCGAUCGCUCCGGUCUCCCCCGCGUUGAAGAGCCCGUCCGCGGCGAAGGUUUCCAGAUGAUCCUCAGUGGCGAGGAGGACGGCGCUGACUACGCCGGUGAUGACUACGGUGAUGAUGAGUUCGUGGGCGCUCAAAACGGCAGCGUUGUCGGUAACCAUGCGAACAUCGGUCCGGUGACGAGCCCAUGGACGAGAUUCGCGUCCCGAUGGCACACGCGGCCGCACUGCGCUCCUCAAGAACGACCCUUUGCUCAUGGCGUCCCUAACAACGGCAUGCACCUCCCGCCGUUGAUGACACGCGGCGGACAUAACAACGGUACGCCCAUGAUCGUCCAGAGCCCCACCUCAGUGUCGUUCGAGAACCCGGCUAUGGUGUCGAUGUACGAGCCGCACCACGUUCUUCCCGGCAUGAACAACGAGGACAAGGUCUCUUGGCACGGCUCCAUGUACAACGGGAUGGCGAACCCGGGCCCCGGCCAGCAGCAGUUCACCCCGCCGGCGACCGCGCAGGGCCAGCAGCAGCGCGCGUACUUCAUGAACAUGCAGCGCCAGCAGGCGAUGAUGCAGCAACAGCAGCGCGGCAGCAUGGGCCAUGCGUACGGAAGCCCCACGGACGGGGAUGACGCGUCGAGCGUCGGGUCUGGGCCAGCGCGCCGCGAGCGCAGCGGCAGCAUGGGCAGCAACGGGAGCGGGUAUGGCUCGCCAGGCUCGAGCGGCGGGUACGAGGUGCCGCGGCGGAUGGGCAGCGGAAACGGCGCACCGUUCGGCGGCGAAGGCAUGCCUAUGGGCAUGAACGGCAUGGGCAUGGGCCCGGGCAUGAUGAAGGGUGCGCCGAUCAGCGUCGGUGGCGGCGGGAACGGCCACGGGUACGCGUCCAUGAUGCUCUGA